AUGUCAAACAUUGAGUUUGAAACAGUUAGAAAGAUAGACAAUGACACCAAAGUGGUUAGAAUAGGUGAUUUAAACGUAAGAUACUCAAAGAAAUACAACAAAUAUUCUUUGUCAGACAUUAUAUCUCCAUCUGGAAAGAAAACAAAGGACUGGGUUAGAAUUGCUUCUACUCAGAAAAUUUUGACAAGAAAUCCUGAGCUUAUGAUAUCAGUAGCAUUUCAUGGAACAAGAGCAUAUCUUAUAGACAAAAGUCUUAUACCAAUAGUUUUGUUAUGGUUAAACCCAGUUGUUGGAUAUAACUUCAUAACAUAUGGUUCAUUCAAUACGGAACGUUGCAGUGAAGGCUUACUUUACAUCGUUCAGAAACCGAAGGACUUCAACACAAAAGAUAUAAGAUAG